AUAGUCUCUGAUCAAGUCUGAUGUAGUCAGUGGUCAAUGUAACGUAGCCUUGCACGGCCGUUGAAGCGUUGAAAUUUAUUUGAAGACCAAGCUGAAUUUAUUGGUUUCGUUACACAUUAAGAAUCGCAAAGAUGCCAAAAUCGAAAGAAUACAUAUCUGAUAGUGAUGAUAGCAGUGAGGAGGAGUUAAAACCAACUAAAAAGAAGCAGAAAAAGGAAAAGGAUGAAAAGGAAGACAAGGGAGACAAGGGAGACAAAGGAGCGUCACAUAAAAAAGUGAAAUCAGACGAUGUAGAAGAAACCAUCUGGGAUUUAGGCAACAAUCGCCAAGUAAACGUGAGGAAUUUCAAAGGAAAAUAUUAUGUAGAUAUUCGAGAAAUGUAUUACGACAAAGAAGGCGAUUUAAAACCUGGGAAAAAAGGAAUAUGUUUAACUAUGCAACAGUGGCGAAAGUUCAUGGAGGUGGUACCAGAUGUGGACAAAGUUGCAAAGUCAAAGUGUUAGAAUUUCACUUAUAUUUUUUUUACAGUUAUAAUUUUUCAUAUGUUGAAAUUUUGAGUUCCAAACAACUGUACAUUUUUUUAAAUACUGGAUUAUAACUAAAAUUGUAUAAAAUGUAAAACUAUUAUUUAAAAAACAUAGCCAUAUUCACAGUAAUAACAUUACUGCUGUUUGUAAUAGAUAAAUAAAAUAUUUCAGUUGAUACACUAA